CGUCGAGGAGAGGGAGAAGGACGAGGAGAGAUCAUCGUCGAUUCAUCACGGAGGCGUCGAGGAGGCGUCGAGGAGGCGAUGAGGAGGCGUCGAUUUCGUCGAGAGAGAAGACGACAUAGGCGGAGUCAUCGAGAGAGAGAGAACGAGACUUUCGGUUUCGUGAGAGAGAGAGAGAGAGAAAGGGACGCGGACUCCCAUCAUGCCAACACGUGUCCCAUUAGCAUCGCUUCUUCUGAAGCCUAAUUAAGCAGCUCAUCCUCUAUAAUUAAUUCAUUUUCCUUUUUUUUUUAAAUUAAAAAAUCACUAAGCAGCCCACUAAGCUCCUGCGUUAAAGAUGGUCUUAGUUGCAACAUGAUACUACCAAGCGUUUCAACAAGCAUUUGGCGCUUGCGUAAACACUCCACUAAAAAGAGGAGCUAGUUGAUUACUCUUUUAAUGGAGGGAAUAAAAAAACUAUAUGCAUGCAAACAAAAUAUGAGACCGAGGCCAACAUUAGUGGUAAGAAAUUACAAUGGGUCUCUCAAAACAUGUUUUAAUAAUAAAAUAUUUCAAAAUGUGACAGAUUUAAUAAAAGUCUCUUAACAAGAGACGUUGAUAUCUACGGGAAGAAUCGAUUAACACCUUCUUUCCUCUUUUUACUUACUUUUUUGUUUUGUUUUACUAUUUUAAUUAUGAGAGACUUGUGGAUGUGUAUCUACACGACUAGCUUCAACAUUAAUGUUAACAUUUUUUUGCUAACGAAUGUAAAAAGUCAACAUUAUACCUUCUUUUCUUUUUGUUCUAAAAUACCAUACUUUUUUUUGCUAAAAGAAGAUACCAUACUUCUUUUUUACCUCAAUUUUGUAUAUCUGUGGGAUACCAGUUGAUUUAAUACUUUACGAUACUUCAUUGAUGUAAUGUGAAAGUUAUAUAUUUAUUAUAUUGAUUUAAGUCCAAAUCAGAGCUCAUGAAAAUGUCUUAAUCUAAUAAGAAAAACACGUGAUGAAACAUUUAGUGAUUUUCAAGUGUCGUAAGAUCUUACUAACCCUUAAAUACGUAUGACCUGUUUUUGCGUAGCAUAAAAAAAAAGCCAGGGAGCGAGCGAGAGCGAACGUUCCGUUGAUCAUGUGCCUCUUUGAACUCGAAGCUCUUUAAAUACAAAAUCGAGUGCUCCACUUCGAACAAACAUCAAAGACAAAAUAAAGGAAAAAUGGUGUCUCUUUUCUCAGUUGUUUUGACUUUUAUUGCUAUUGUACUCAUCCCUGGUCUCUUCAUCUCUAGGCGUCUAAGUGUUCCUUUCUCCAUAAGAAACAUCCUCAGAUUCAUUAAACUCGCAGCUUCUCAGAACGAUAAUGAUGAAGAGAGGAACGAGAAACGUGGUACAAAUACAAUGGGAGAGAAAGAGAAACGAGGGGGACUGCCAAAGCAUGUGGCGAUUAUACUGGACGGAAACAGACGUUGGGCGCAGAAACGAGGACUCGGGACAUCGGACGGUCACAAGGCCGGAGCGAGGAGGGUUAUAGAGAAUGCUAAGGACUGUUUCGCUAUGGGGAUAAACACUGUCUCACUCUUUGCUUUCUCUACUGAAAAUUGGGCAAGACCCGAGGAUGAAGUUAACGGCCUGAUGUCCUUGUUCGAGGAAAACUUUAGGUCUGAGAUGCCUUUCUUCCAAAGAGAUAAAAUAAAGAUCUCAGUUGUUAGAAACCGGACGAAAAUCCCCCAGUCACUUCUAGGUUUGAUAAGAGAAACAGAGGAAGCUACAAAGAGCUAUGAAGGGAAGCAUCUCAUUUUAGCAAUAGACUAUAGUGGAAGAUUUGAUAUCAUGCAAGCGUGCAAAAGUCUAGCCGAAAAGGCGAAAAACGGGCUGAUCCAAGUAGAGGACAUUGACGAGAAUGUGAUAGAUAAAGAGUUGAUGACAAACUGUAGCGAGUUUCCAAAUCCUGACCUAUUGAUCAGAACGAGCGGAGAGCAAAGAAUCAGUAACUUCUUCUUAUGGCAAUCUGCUUACACUGAGCUCUACUUUCCUAACGUUCUUUGGCCUGACUUCGGUGAGGCUGAGUAUCUUGAGGCCUUGACUUGGUAUCAGCAAAGGCAGAGGCGAUUCGGUCGACGAGUUUAGGCUUUGUAUUUCAUGUCUCACAAAUAAAUUGCAUUUGAUUGCAAUAAUUUGCGUUUGAUUUUGUGUGUUAUUGUUCUUUGAUUCUCACACGCAUGUAUAAGUUGUUAGUAACAUCGUUCUCUUGCAAUACAAGAAACUGGAAUAUCUCAAAAGAUCUAGUUCUUGAGGUACAAAACGUCCAUUAUUACACAUCAUAUACAGUUUUUAUUACACCAAUGAAAAAAAACUCAAGAUUUCCGACCACCAAAGCGACGCUGUCUCUGCUGAAACGACAUCAACGCUUCCACAAAACCGUUCCUCCCAAAAUCAGGCCACAUUUCUUGAGCAAAGAAGAGCUCUGUGUAAGCCAAUUGCCACAA